CGCCUCUCAAGAAUCUCUAGACUAGACCGAACACUUCUCAAAAAAUGCCCCGCGACGCAGACUUCCUCAGCCCCCGCGAGCUGCUGGUCAAUGAUGGGUUUGUCUGCAAGCUUGCCUCCUUUCGCAAACUGGGGGAUCUCUGCAUCAAGAAUGAAAGACUGCCCGAUUCUGACGACAGCCUGAUGCAACAAGCCGGCUUUGAGAAUAAGGCCUAUAACGUGGUGCUUCCGUCUUACUUGCAGCCCAUCCCCAUUCAAUUCCAGACGGUCCGGCAAGUCGCUAAUAACCUCAAUGGAGAGUACAACUAUACCGAGACUGUGUGCAGCACGGCCUUGAAACUUUGUUCCGCCGCGUCGGACGAUUACGACAAGAUAUUCCAGGACAUGGAGGCAUUGAGACAAGACCCCGACAACGACAACCUCAGGGACAAGGUCCAACAAGAGAUCACCGAUCGAAAGUACCAAAUCGACAUACUUAAAGACCAGGCGGACGCCUGGAGCUCGAAUCUCAGAACUUACAGCCUGGAUGCGGAGGAUUGCGAGACCAAUGUGCGUCAACUGGCUGCCCCGUUUCAGGGAACGACGCUGGCCGACAUUUUGAAAGAUGAGAUCUCCGAUCCCGAGGACCUGCAAAUGGACCUUGAUGCUCUGGACUGGACUAAAAAUCUGCUCGAGAACUUUGCCAUGAUCGAUGACUUGCAGGAUUCACUGCAGGAGGUCCAGAAGAUGGCUGGAGCUGCUUACCUUAUUGCAGACGAUAUAGACGUGCUGUUGAAGUACGUUGAGGAUCACCUUGAUCCCGGUGAUAACCCGUUAGAUGGCCUGGUACAAGCGACCCUUCUGCGUAAAUGGAAGAACCUGGAGAAUGACGUCAAUGAUUUUCUGGAUGCAUACAAACAGUAAGAAUAUAUUUGAUAGGUAGUUCAGUGAUUGGGCACAUAUGAUGACUACCGUGUGCAACC